GGGAUUAGGCAUUUGCUACACAGGAUUACAACGUGCAGAAGCACCAUCCCUGCGCUGUGCGCUCUGUAUGGAUUUAUUCUCUGCACGGAAUUUCUCCGUCUACCUGAGCUGAUCGACACUAAAAACCAUCGCCCGCACCCUUCAGUCCCACUGACCCUGCUGAUAAACUAUAUGGAAACAUGGCCAACGUCCCUCAACUCGUCAAAAUUGGCAUUUCCUUGAAGAUGCUUCCCAACAACUCGGCGGUGCACUUCAAGUCCGACGGCGCCAGGUUUGGACAGACCCGGACCAUCAAGCUGCUGACCGGGUCCAAAUACAAAAUCGAGGUGGUUAUUAAACCUGGAGCGGUCGAAGCCACCUCGAUGAGUGUGGGUGCCGUGACCUUCCCCCUGGAGCAGCAGUCUAAAGACCCGCAGUCAGUGGUCUACACUGGCCAAUACGACACAGAAGGGGUGGCGCACACCAAGAGUGGAGAGAGACAACCAGUUCAAAUCAACAUACAGUUCACAGAGGCCGGGUUGUUUGAAACGGUGUGGCAGGUGAAGUACUACAACUACAACAAAAGGGACCACUGCCAGUGGGGAAACAGCUUCAACAGCAUCGAGUAUGAGUGCAAACCCAACGACACGCGCACACUCAUGUGGGUCAACAAGGAGAUGUUUGUCUGAUGGAGGAACAUCUGGAAAUAUUCAGUGUGUACUGAUGUUUCUAUUAGUCUAUUGCUUCCUGUUGCUAAAAGGAAGCAUGUGAAUCUAGAAUAGAUACACACUCUACCUUACUGCUUCAUUGUAGUCUUUCGAGCUUUCCAUUAUUAGAAAAUAUAAAGGUUUCUUCUCUGUCUGAAAAGAAAAUGCAACCCUUUUGUGCCGUAAAAUAGUGAUCAUAUUUCCUGCCAAAUUGGAUCCUAUGGCAGAACAUUUAAAAUGGAGUGAUGUUGCCAGUCUUUGGUUAUACAAAUGUGUCAAAAUGAAUUUGGUACAUUUAUUUACUGUAUAUAUUUUUGAGAUUAAAACGAAACGCACAACCUACAUUUUUAAUUACAUAAGGCAGAUUAAAUGACGUUUUGAGAUAAAUAUUUGUAAUGUACCAUUCCGUUGUGGCAUGUGGUAAACCUCAAGUGUGUUUAAGCGUAUGUGUAUGUACAGUACCGGAUGUGUGAGUGCACAUGUGCCUGUGUGUUUAGUUACAGUAUGUGUUUUUUUGAAGCUAUUUUUACAUGUUUCAUUCCAAAAUUACUUUCCAAGAUUUCCAGAAAUUCAAGAUUUUUUUUUCAAACACUGUUACUAAGUUCAACCAAGUGAAGUGCCCUUGCAUAAGUGACAUUUUCAUUUUAUUGGCCCCAAACAGAAUCUUCCUUUCUGUACUUGUAUGGGACCUUUCCACAACAUCAGCCCUGUCUAACGUUCAAAAUGUGGGGUAUAGUUUUCAAAGAGCAGGGCAAUGUGGCUAAAGAAAAACCCUCCACAUUGAAAAAAAAUACUUAAAAUAAAGGAAUUUAGUUUAUUAUUAUUAUUAUUAUUAUUACAGGAAUUUUAUAUCAGCUACUUUCAAAAGCAGUAACUUGUACAGUACAAGGAAAACAACUCUACUACUCUCAACCUAUUGUGCUGCUACUUUUAGUUAGAAAGACUUUCACCUUGAAGCCGAUCCUCACAAAACCAAACCAAAUCCGUACUACUGGAGAGAUAUCACUUCUUUUUAACUGAAUAGUCCUGCUGGUGUUGUUGCUGCCACCUCCAAAGCUGUUUAUAGUCAAACUUGACUGGCUUGAGACGUAGCGGUGCACUGUGCUGCCAACCAAUCAUUAGGCAAGAUGGACUAUGUCGUUGUUUGUCUGAAAGAGUUACAAGGUACUGCAGUAGCCCACAAAACAUUACCCAGGUAAUUUGAUGAAAUCUUUCAGCUCUUGAAAGUGUACAGGUCAGCUACUCUGUGAGGAUCUAUGUGCUACUGUUACCCAGAAAGAAGAGAAGACAAAGAUGUCUAGCUUGUCAAAAGCCAGCUUCAGCCCUCCUCCUUUUACAAUGACACUGCAGUGAACCUCCUCUGCAUCAGCACCUCUAAACCAGGAUUUUUUUGAGUGUUUUACAAUGAAAAUCUCUGUGUAGCUGUGUGUAUGUGUUUUGUUGUGUGGUACCAUUUUGUGUACAGUGUAAUGCAGUAUUGGAUUUAGGAAUUUUGUAUUUAGGUGGAGUUGGGCCCCUUUUUACAGUGUGUUUGUUUUCUCUACCUCUUCUGAAAGACAUAGUCAGGAAUAUGAACUAUAUUUAUUAAAUUCUGCAACAUUCUAAACAUAAAUUGUUAAUGACAUAUUUUAAAACCCUUUUUCUAUUGCUAGUCGUAACUUAUAUUUUUAAAAAUAGUAUUUUUGUACAGUGAAUCUUUAAAAUGUUUUCCUAUUGUGUGUGUAUUGGUCGAAAGAAACUGUAAAAUAGUUUAAAUAUUGAAUUGACCUAUGCAAGAAAUCAAAGUAACAAAGAAACAAUGAAAUUGUGCAAUAUAGUUGUGGGAUUUACACAUCAUUCUUACAUUUUUGUGAAAGUGUUGUUUGUUCGUUUAUGUUACUAAUAGUAAAAAGGAAAAUCUU